AUGAGGACCCCCGGGCCUCCAGCUGCUCUGCGGUCUCCGGCCCGCGGGCCACGCGGUCCAGCUUUGGCGGCCACGGCGGCGGGGGCGGCGGCCGGCAGCGGCGGGGGCGGCGGCCGCGCUGCUGCUGUCACAGAAAGGCGCUGAGGGGUGGGGUAGGCGGGGAAGCGCCGGGGGCGCCACCGAUAUGGGCCCGCCGUCGCCUCAGCCGCCGCUGUGAGCCGCCUCCUUCCCCGGCGGGGCGGCCAGUGUGACUGGGGCCGGCGCGACCCUCCGGCCGCCAGCGCGAGGGGGCGGGGACGGACGGCCCCACACCGACAUGUAACCAUGGAUUUGUUUUUUAGGGAAAAUCCAGAAAGGACCUUUGAUUUGGUAUUGAAAGUGAAAUGUCAUGCUUCUGAAAAUGAAGAUCCAGUGGUACUAUGGAAAUUUCCAGAAGACUUUGGAGACCAGGAAGUACUACAGAGUGUACCAAAGUUCUGUUUCCCCUUUGACGUUGAAAGGGUAUCUCAAAAUCAAGUUGGACAGCACUUUACCUUUGUACUGACAGACAUAGAAAGCAAACAGAGAUUUGGAUUCUGCAGACUCACAUCAGGAGGCAAAAUUUGUCUAUGCAUCCUUAGUUAUUUGCCCUGGUUUGAAGUGUACUAUAAACUUUUAAAUACUCUGGCGGAUUACUUGUCUAAGGAACUGGAAAGUGAUUUGAAUGAAACUCUCAAGUCUCUCUAUGACCAACCAGUCCCAAAGGCAAAUACUCCUGUCAACUUAAGUGUGAACCAAGAAAUAUUUAUUGCCAGUGAGCAAGUUCUGAAAGAUCAGCCUUCCCUAUUAUCGCAUUCCUACUUCAUUGCCCCUGACGUGACUGGACUCCCAACAAUACCUGAGAGUCGAAACCUUACAGAAUAUUUUGUUGCUGUGGAUGUUAACAAUAUGCUGCAUCUGUAUGCCAGCAUGCUACACGAAAGGCGCAUCGUCAUUACCUCCAGCAAAUUAAGCACUUUAACUGCCUGUCUACAUGGAUCAGCUUCUCUGCUUUACCCAAUGUACUGGCAACACAUAUACAUCCCAGUGCUUCCUCCACACCUGCUGGACUACUGCUGUGCCCCAAUGCCAUACCUGAUUGGAAUACACUCCAGCCUCAUAGAGAGAGUGAAGAAUAAAUCACUGGAAGAUGUGGUUAUGUUAAAUGUUGACACGAAUACUUUAGAAUCACCAUUUAAUGACUUGAACAGCCUACCAAGUGAUGUGGUCUCGGCCUUGAAAAAUAAACUGAAGAAGCAGUCUACGGCUACCGGUGAUGGAGUAGCUAGGGCCUUUCUUAGGGCGCAGGCUGCUUUGUUUGGAUCCUACAGAGAUGCACUGAGAUACAAACCUGGUGAGCUCAUCACUUUCUGUGAGGAGAGUUUUGUGAAACAUCGCUCGAGUGUGAUGAAGCAGUUCUUGGAAACGGCAGUUAAUCUUCAGCUUUUUAAGCAGUUCAUUGAUGGUCGAUUGGCAAAGCUAAAUGCAGGCAGGGGUUUCUCUGAUGCAUUUGAAGAAGAGAUCACUUCAGGCGGCUUUUCUGGAGGCAACCCAAGGUCUUAUCAACAGUGGGUGCAUACAGUCAAGAAGGGAGGGGCACUAUUCAACACAGCAAUGACCAAAGCAUCCCCUGCUGUAAGGACAGCAUAUAAAUUUGCAAAAAAUCAUGCAAAGCAGGGAAUAAAGGAAGUUAAGAGUAAGCUAAAACACAAGGAAAAUGAGGAAGAUUUUGGGGCAUGUUCGGGUUCCGUACAAUAUACUCCAGUUUAUACAUUACACCCUGAAACAGGAGGGAACAUUGAAAAGCGGAAGCUAGCCCAGGCACGUUUAAAAAGGCCUCUUAAGAGCUCUGAUGGUGCCCUGUAUGAUGACAAUGAAGAUGAUAUAGAAAGAGCAAGCAAGCUAUCUUCUGAAGAUGGAGAAGAUGUAUCUGCUUAUUUUUACGAAAGUGAUGACUCUGUUGAAGCAAGAGUAAAGACACCUUACCCGGGUGAAAUGGACUUAUUGGGAGAGAUCCUGGAUACCUUGAGUACACACAGCUCAGAUCAAGGGAAACUGGCAGCUGCAAGGAGCUUGGAUUUCUUUAGAUCAAUGGAGGAUAUUGAUUACAAACCAACGAACAAAUCCAAUGCUCCUAGUGAGAAUAACCUGGCCCUGCUCUGUGAUGGUUCCGGGGACCAGUCGGAGUGGAAUCUUGGUCAGGAUGAUAGUGCCCUCCAUGGCAAGCAUCUCCCUCCAUCACCCAGGAAGCGGGCUGCCUCGAGUGGGCUCACAGACUCAUUGUUUAUUCUGAAAGAAGAGAACAGUGAAAGACCCCUCAGCAUUGAUGCUGUGAAUGGCCCUCCUGUGGUAGAAAAGCCAACUUCCACUUCAGGGCUGGGUUUCCAGCUCACUCCUCCUGCAGUUUCCCAGACUGAUCCAGGGAAAAUAGAAGAGAGAGGAAAAACACUAAGCCAGAUUUCAGAUGAUCCACUUAUACCCAGCCUGAGGCGAAGCCCAUCUACUUUUGUUCCUUGGGAAAAAGAAGGGAAGGAAGCCAAAGAGCCUUCAGAAGACAUGGGGCUGCUUAAUGAAGUAGUGUCAUUGUGUCACAUAACGUCUGCCUUCCAACAAGGUUUAAACAUUUCGGAAGAAAAUCGUGGAAACCAUGCUUAA